GAGUAUGGAAUGGAAGCUUAGCAGCUGAUCGGUGUCCAUGGUGUUGCGGUGUCGGUUGUCGGUAAAAGAGAGCGAAACUGAUGCGCUGUUGCAGCAACUUGUGAUGGUGUUCGCUGUUUAGGGUUUAGGGCUGGCAGCAAACGGGUGUGAGCUGUACUUGUGACUUGCAGCUUGCACCGCUCGUCAGUGCUCAUCACAAUGGCGGAACGGAAGAAAGAAGAUGAAGAAGAGCAUCACCAACCUCGCGUGGUUCGCGAGAAAACCCGAAAUAGAUGCAAAUCCGAAAUAACAUCCCACAUUCCACUUGCUCACCAAGACCUGAUUCAUGAGAUAAAUUCAUCAGAAACAAUGGCAUGGCGUAACGCACAACAUAGUGAGACAAAAUACAAGCAGGUUAUGGCUGACCUACACAAGCAGACGAUUUGCAAAAUUAAAGCACGGAACAAAGAAGGAAUGGAGGGUGGGAUGGUAGAAUUUCCUGUGAGUCAAUAUUGGACUGCGCAAGAGGAAAAGCAAUACGCAACCUCAGAUGAAUCAUCAACUGAAGAAGAAUUACCAUGUCGUGCAGUUAGGCCCAAACGCAGACACAUGUCAGAACAGUUAGAUAAUAUCAGCACCUCUGGCAACAGCACCACUGCCAAUAUCUCUCAUCCUCAACUGAAGUCCACAUCAAAUUCUCGCUUUGGUGGGCCUCAAGUGUUACCAACCGAGGUUACUCCCCAGCUCAACCCUCCCAUCGUCAGUAUUGAGUCACUGUACUCACCUCUUCCCAUAAAGGCAGAAAAUUCUAUUCGUACACUGCCAGUUCCUACAAAUCCACACUCUCAAAGUGGAAAACCUAAUGCUUAUGAGCUCUAUGCACUUGGGGGUGGGAUUAGUCGACCAAUGUUACAUAUUGAGCCUCGCCCGCCGUUAAUGUACCAUGCACUCCCAAACCAUUGGGCUCCCCCACCAAGCAACAGCUUUGAGACAUCUGAAAUGCACCAUAUGAUUCCCUCUCUCAUACCACGUCAAGUUCCUUGGUCAGUGCUACCCAGCACAUCCUCAGGGUGUCCUCGCAAUGGAGCACACAGACGCCUAUCAGAAGAGAGAAUCAUAGACAGGAUCAACCUGGCGGUUGAUAGUCGUCUAAGAACUCCCCCAAAAGAAACUAUAGUUAUUACUGAUGAUGAAGAAUUGGAGCUAGCUCCUGUAAGACGGAAGGGAGUGACUGAGCGGAUAGGAAAUUUGUGCAUGUGCAAUGCAAUCUACAUCGACUUUGAGAUUGAAGAUGGAGAAGGCUGGGAGAUGCCACCCAUUUGCGAGUGUAUCACAGAACCAUGUCACAUUGUUUUCGGGGAGACUAAAAUGCCACCAGAACUCGCAGUGAAAAUUAUGGAUUUAAGUAACAGAUCUGUGAAAGAGAUAGUUGAGAAAUUAAAGUCAUAUGGGGAGAUAAACAUAUCGUCAGGAUGUAAAACCCGGCUGCUACUCCAACUCAAACAGCUCCUCAUUGAGCAGGCAAACCUGGAAGGCAACAAUCGCACAGCCAAUGCUUCGCAUUCAGGAGAAGAAAUAGCUGGUCCAAGCAACAUACAUCCAAGUGAGCCCUCUGCUAGCUGCACACCAUGGUCUUCACGCUUAAAUGCGACACAAGAAAGCACUGGCGCUAGUUCCAGGUCUCGUAGCUUUUCAAGCAUGAUAGGGAGAUUGUUGAAAGACACAAAUACAAACAGAGAAUAUCAAAACCCCUCAAAGCGUAUCAAAUUCACCUUUGAGGAGAGUGAUGAGUCUGAUACAGAUAGCAGUGAAGAUUCAAGUCAUGCUCCUCUCAGGCAAACUCUGAAUCACAACCUGCCACCAUCUAACAUUGUCCGGAAUCGACUAUACCCGGAAGACGAUAAAUUUCAAGAAACACGUCCUGUUAGAGCGACUAACCCGCCACCCCAAGCUGAAAAUCUCUCAUUGAGAGAAUUUUUCAUGUCUCCAGAUGUAUAUCAGAUGCGCCCAGAGAGAGUGUCACACCCACGACCUCCAAAUACGAUACUUAGUGCGUCACAUUAUUUUCAGCAGCCCCACAGAGUAACGCAGGUUGCCAACAACUUGAGCCAGGCUCAACUACGUUUUAAUACUUGUGAACAGGCGGUGCAACUGCUUGAAAGAAACGGUGAAGAUCCCAGGAAAAUCAAAAUGGCAAAAGAUGGUUGCAUAAAUGCAAGAGAGGCUCUUGCUUUGUGUCGCAGACAGUAUGAUACAGCAAAGCAUUCAGCGGACUUUGCCGGAACAUCUCAUGGCUUGAAUUUGUCUCAAACUCUCACCCAACCACCACCCGCUAAAUGUGCCUCUUCUUCAGUGGCCCAAUCAGCAGUUGUGUCCACGUCAUCCGAGUCUACCAAACCCUCUGCUGCGCCAUCCACUGAGUCUUCGGAGGUUGUUGUGCCCAAGGCGGGUUGCUCAACAGAGAAAGAUAAGGAGGAAAAUGACUUAGACUGCUGCAUUUGCCUGGAUGAGCGGAGGUCCAUCGCGUUCAUACCCUGCAAACACAUGGUCUGCUGUGCAACGUGCUCUAAUAGUGUUACCAACUGCCCUGUCUGCAGAAACAAGAUCUCGGAGCGCAUAACUAUUUACCUCUCCUAGCUGCCCCACAUCUUUCUGCCAUGUAGGUAUUGCUUGCCUUUUGUUUACAUGUAAUGUUUCUUUUUAGUAUCAAAAUUUCAUAAAUCAAUUGGCACCACCAAUAAAUGAUCUCUGGUCAGCAAAACUAACUUUGGAUAUAUCUGUGCCACACCAUGUAACCAGAUACAAACACAAUCAAAUUGGCAAGACGCAUCAAUAAAGCAGGUUUUUCUGCUAGAGGA